AUGACUACAAAAGAAAUUGGACAGUAUGUAAUUGCUACGGAUGAAGGAAUGUGGAAUAUCUUUAAGUACUUGGAACCGAGAGUUUGUCAUUUCUCUAGAAACACUGUAAAGUCUGACAUUAAGAAGAUUUAUGGUGCUAAAUUUGGUAGACUGCGUACUGAGUUACUUGCAUGCCCUGAUAGAAUAUGUUUAACCUCUGAUGCAUGGACUUCUAUUGCGAUUGAUGGGUACUUGAGUUUGAUUGCACAUUAUGUAAACAAGAAUUGGGUGUUGCAAAAAAGAAUUUUGAAUUUUUCCUAUAUUCCUCCUCCACAUCCAGGGGUUGCUUUGGUUGAAAAGAUUUAUAGUUUGGCUUGUGAUUGGGGUAUUGAAAAGAAGUUGUUUUCUAUCACUUUGGAUAAUGCUAGUGCGAAUGAUGUUUGUGUUGAAAUACUUAAAACUCAGCUUAGGUUAAAGAAUGCUUUUACAUUUGAUGGCACUUUGUUUCAUGUUCAAUGUUAUGCACAUAUUCUCAAUUUGAUUGUACAAGAUGGUUUGAAAAAGAUUGACAUUGCUGUGGAUAAGAUUAGAGAAUCUGUGAAAUAUGUUAAGGGUUCUCAAGGAAGAAAGGAAAAGUUCAAGAACUGUGUUUCCCAAACUUCUCUAGAUUCUAAAAGAGCAUUAAUGCAAGAUAUUCCGACUAGAUGGAAUUCUACAUAUAGGAUGCUUUCUAGUGCUCUUUAUUAUCGUCUUGCUUUUUUCCAAUUGAAGUUACAUGAAGAGUCAUCUAGUCAGGAUUUGUAUAUGAAGAAGAUAGCUGAUCAAAUGUUUGUCAAAUUUAACAAAUAUUGGUGUGAAUUCAAUGUUUUAUUUGCCAUUGCUGUGAUAUUUGAUCCUCGGUACAAGUUUCAGUUUGUUGAAUUUAGUUAUGGAAAGCUUUAUGGUUCUGGGUCUCGGGAAUUAAUGAAAGUUAGAGAAACACUUUUUGGUAUUUUUGAUAUAUCUCCGGCCAAAUUAGAAGAUGUAACUCAAGACAUUAUGACUUUGGACCUCAACAAAGGUGAAGUAGAAUCUAGUUUGAUGAAAGGUGCAAAUUCAAAUAUUGGAAUUGGAUGUUAUAAUGUUGUUCUAUUUGGAUAA